AUUUUAGGACUUUUUCCAUUAAAUGGACCAAGCCAUUGGGCACCUGCAAAAGCCCUAAUGGAAGCCCUUGCCAAAAAAGGACACCAAGUCACAGUCGUCACACAUUUUCCACGAAAAGAACCCUUAGCCAAUUAUAAAGAAAUAAGUCUGGCAGGUACUCUGCCAACAGUUAUGAACAAUAUGAGUUACAGUCUCGUUGGACAAAUGGGGCUCAUCGGGACUGCUUUUGUCGUUUGGCACUUGACUGGAAGUAUUUGUGUAAAAUGUUGUAUCCAACAAAACAGUUAUCAGUUUAUUUGUACAAAGUUUCAAGAUUUGGCAGCCUCCAAUGAAAAGUACGACUUGAUAGUUACAGAAACUUUUGGCACGGAUUGCUUUUUGGGCUUCGUCCAUAAAUUUCAAGCACCAUGGGUGUCUUUAUCGUGUGCUAUUCCUAUGGACUGGAUGGCACAUCAAGUGGAUAUUCCAACGAUACCAAGUUACGUUCCACACAUGAUGACUAAUUUAUCGGAUCGUAUGGACUUUUGGCAACGUGUGAGGAACUUCUUGAUGCACAUCUUCACCUACUAUGGUUAUCACUACGUAUCAAGACUACCCUCAGAGUCCUACAUGUCCUCUACAUUUCCUGAUGCUCCACCUUUGCAAAAAUUAAGCACUACACCAAGUCUGCUACUGUCCAAUAGUCAUUUCUCGUUGACUGGUGCCAGGCCUUCGAGUCCUGCACAUAAAGAAGUCGGUGGAUUGCAUAUUACACCAGAACCUGCACCCUUACCACAGGAUUUACAGAAACUGUUGGACGGUGCAAAACAAGGUGUCGUGUAUUUUAGUUUUGGUUCAAUGGUGCAAUCUGAGACGAUACCUCAAGAGAAUCUUCAAAUAAUGUUGGAUACUUUUUCAAGGUUACCCCAUUUGGUUCUGUGGAAAGCAAACCCGAAGAACUUUCCACAAGGUUUAGUAGUACCCAAAAAUGUAGUUACCCAACCAUGGUUACCUCAAAGGGACCUUUUGGCUCAUCCCAACAUCAAAGUCUUUGUGACUCAUGGAGGUCUCUUAGGAACCAUGGAAGCCGUUUAUUGUGGUGUCCCAAUGGUCGGUGUGCCUUUAUACGGUGAUCAAAUGACAAAUGUUAAAAAUUAUGUGAGAAAAGGUAUUGCUAGAAUGUCUUUGUUCAUGAAAUUCAAGAAAAAUUCGAGAAGGUUUCUAAUCCAUUCCAAAGACAGGCCCAUUAAGCCUCUGGACGAGGCAGUGUACUGGACGGAGUAUGUUAUAAGACACCAGGGCGCUCCUGCAAUGAGAACUGCUGCAAGAUAUUUGAAUUGGUUCGCUUUGCACUCGUUAGAUGUAGUCGCCUUUUUAUUUAUUUGCAUCUUGGCUACUUUGGUA